AUGUCCACCGUCAAGGAGCAGCUAAUUCAGAACCUAGCUCCGGAAGAAAAACUUUCCCGCUGUAAGAUCACUGUAGUCGGAGUUGGAAAUGUGGGCAUGGCGUGUGCUAUUAGUAUUUUACUGAAGGGUUUGGCUGAUGAGCUUGCUCUUGUCGAUGCUGAUGGGGACAAACUGAGAGGAGAGGCACUGGAUCUUCUGCAUGGCAGUCUUUUCCUUAGCACUCCAAAAAUCGUCUUUGGAAAAGACUACAGUGUAUCUGCCAACUCCAAGCUGGUUAUUAUAACAGCUGGUGCAAGAUCGGGGCCUGGAGAAAGUCGCCUUAGCCUGCUGGAACGUAAUGUUGCUAUCAUGAAAGCCAUUGUUCCCGGCGUAGUCCAAAACAGCCCGGACUGUAAAAUACUGAUUGUCACAAACCCAGUGGAUAUUCUGACGUACGUGGUGUGGAAGAUAAGCGGCUUCUCUGUCGGCCGUGUGAUUGGAAGUGGCUGUAACCUAGACUCCGCUCGUUUCCGUUACCUGAUUGGGGAGAAGCUGGGCGUCAACCCUACAAGCUGCCAUGCCUGGGUCCUAGGAGAACAUGGGGACUCCAGUGUGCCCAUAUGGAGUGGUGUGAACGUUGCUGGUGUAACUCUGAAGUCACUGAACCCAGCAAUCGGAACUGACUCAGAUAAGGAACAGUGGAAGAAUGUUCACAAGCAGGUGGUGGAAGGCGGCUACGAGGUCCUUAAAAUGAAGGGCUAUACCUCUUGGGCUAUCGGGCUGUCUGUGACUGAUUUGGCAAGAUCAAUCUUGAAGAAUCUUAAGAGGGUACAUCCUGUUACCACGCUGGUUAAGGGCUUCCAUGGGAUAAAGGAAGAAGUCUUCCUCAGUAUCCCUUGUGUCUUGGGACAAAGUGGCAUCACAGACCUUGUGAAAGUCAACUUGACCAGUGAGGAGGAGGCUCUUCUCAAGAAGAGUGCGGACAUACUAUGGAACUUGCAGAAGGAUCUGCAAUUAUAAAGU